AUGGAUAAUCUUAGCAUUCGUUCCAAUAAUGCUCAGCUGCAACUCAGCUCCUUCGUGACGCUCGACGCUGACGACGAGAUGACGCAGCUCAUUCUUGAGGAAAUUUCAUACAUGCGGCGCUCAUUCACUGGCGUAGCAGCAGAGAUUGCUAGUUCUCCGUCCAGUGCUUCACCCACAGGGCUCAAUGCCAUCUCGGAAGAUGAUGAAGAUGAAGAAGAAGAUUAG